GAGCGAGGGCGGGGCGGAGGAGGGAGGAAGGAAAGAGGCCGCCGCGGAGGAAGGCAGGUUUCUGGUCCAGGUGGGGUAGGAACUGAGGUCUGGGGAAGCGAGGGGAGAGCAGGGGGAGACAGCUGGCGAAAGGAGGGGAAGUGGAGGGAGGAGAGGAGGAGAGCGGGAGCCCGAGGGGGAGAGGAGAGGCAGCAGAGCCGCGGAGCAGAAAGGAGAGAGGAGACAGAGGGGGCCUGGAGAGGGAGACUGGUGCCAGGGGAAGGGGAGGCCGAGAGGAAGAUCGGCACCUGAGGAGGGGAGAAUACAAAACAAGAAUGGGAAUGUGGAAGGGAAAUGGCCCCGGGGGGGACCGGGAGGCAGCCACCGAGGGGGCAGGGAGAGAGCUGGGAGCACAAGGGCUCCGGGGUCUGGAAGGUGCUCCAGGCCUCCUGGCCACGGCCUCCCUGCCCAUCGCGCUCCCGUGGCCCCUGCCCCUGGCCUCCUCAGCGAUCACCUUGCUUCUCGGAGCACUCACUUCCCUGUUCCUCUGGUACUGCUACCGCCUGGGCUCCCAGGACAUGCGGGUCCUGGGGGCUGGGUGCCAGGCUCGAGGGAUCAGCGGCGAGCCAGGGGCAUGCCCCGAGUCUGGCCGCCCGGGCGAACCUGGGAAAGGGCCGGGGCCGGAAGGCCCAGUGAGCCGUCGGCUUCGGGCCUACGCCAGGCGCUACUCCUGGGCUGGGAUGGGGAGGGUGAGGCGGGCAGCUCAAGGUGGCCCGGGUCCCGGGGGAGGACCCGUGGCUCUGGGCAUCCAGCGCCCAGGCCUGCUGUUCCUACCAGACCUCCCUUCAGCCCCCUUCGUGCCCCGGGAUGCCCAGCGGCAUGACGUGGAGGUCCUGGAGAGCAGCUUCCCCGCCAUCUUGCGGGACUUUGGGGCUGUGAGCUGGGACUUCUCAGGGACUAACCCCCUGCCUCGGGGCUGGUCCCCACCCCUGGCCCCUGGCUGCUAUCAGCUCCUGCUGUACCAGGCAGGCCGGUGCCAACCCAACAACUGCCGCCGGUGCCCAGGAGCCUACCGGGCACUGAGGGGGCUGCGGAGCUUCAUGAGUGCCAACACCUUCGGCAACGCAGGCUUCUCUGUGCUCUUGCCUGGGGCCCGGCUGGAGAGCCGCUGUGGGCCCACCAAUGCCCGCGUCAGGUGCCAUCUGGGCCUGAAGAUCCCUCCGGGCUGUGAGCUGGUGGUUGGGGGAGAGCCCCAGUGCUGGGCCGAGGGGCACUGCCUCCUGGUGGACGACUCCUUCCUGCACACAGUGGCCCACAAUGGCUCCCCUGAAGAUGGGCCUCGAGUGGUCUUCAUUGUGGACCUGUGGCAUCCCAACGUGGCCGGGGCCGAGCGCCAGGCCCUUGACUUUGUCUUCGCACCAGACCCGUGAAGGAAGGCGUUCCCUUCAGACACUGGGUCAGACAUGCUGCACAGGGACCGCCUGGGCAGCAUCCAGGACCCCCCUCCCCACUGCGGAGAGGGGCUGAGGUGGGAACGUGCCAGGCAGCACUGAAAUACAAACUCUGAAUUGUCUCCUAACUCCAGACUGCUUUCUUCCCUGCUACCGGCCUGACAAGGGCAUGGGAUGAGGGCUCCUAUCUUCUACCAUGAAACUAGUCAGGUGUCUCCUUUACACAAGUUAUUUUCCUGUUCCCUCCCUGGGAGACAGUAGCAGAUCCUCAACUUAACUUUAUUCCAAUAAUUUAAUAGAAAAUUAAAACAAUAAAUAACAUGAAACAGAUUGAGAACAUAGCUGAGCUGGUACAGGCCCAGGCCAGCCCAGGACAGUUAAAGAAGCAGGAGGAGCGUGCAGGGAGAAGGGAGGCAGCGGCCACAGGCGGAGCGGUCACCAAAGGCUGGCUCAACAGUUUCACAUGUACAAUGAACUGAAAAAGGGAAAGGGGAUUCUAAAUCAUUCUAACCCGCUGGUGAGGGGGGAAAGAAUGUUGCCUUGUGAGGGGCUCUGCCUGCAGGGGGCUGGACCGGACUGUGUUAGCAGUGAGUAGAAGCGAGUAGAAAGGGCCAAGGGGAACUGUGCCGUGCCAUGAGGGGACAGAGGAAGACCCACGACUUGGCCAGCAGAGCCGGGGAAAAGUCCGGGAAAGGGAGAGAGGACAGUAAGGGCUGGGACCCAGAAGCAGGAGGCAGGGGAAGGGUCAAGGUCAGUCCUUGAAGACAAUCUGUUGGCCAUGCGGACGCUCGUCAUGGGUGAUGUGGCGCCGGACGUGGAUCCUGCGGACCCGGUGCUCUCUGCUCUCCUCAUCCUCCCCUCGGGUGGUCCCACCACCUCCAGCAGCACCUCCUGUGGCCUCCAGAAGGGCUGGGUCUGGGCCGCGGGGAGUCUCGUAGAUCAGGAUAUUCAGGGUCUCCUCAAAGAUCCGGGCCUCUGGGAAUUCCACCUGCAAAAGGCCAGCAAUGCCCAGCUCCCACCCUCCAGCCCAGGGCCACAGCCCCUUCUCCUGCACUGCGUACCUCCUGGCCUUGGUGGUCGGGUUCUCAGGCCUCAACUGUUCUCUCUGCAACUUCUUUACCUGGCACAGUCCUGCUGCAAGGCCCAGCUCUGAACUCAGACAGGCAGAAAGGCUGCAGUGUGUCCUUCACUGCCAAGUCUCUCGGGCUGCUCUUUCACUUGACCAGCACUUACGGGGAGACUGCACUGUGCCAGGCAGUUCUAGGAAUGGGAAGAAACCAGUGAACAGAGCAGACAGAAGUGCUUGCCCUCAGCAAGUUUACAUUCUAAGGGAGGACUGAGACACAGGCUUACAGUCAGAGGAUGACAUGCUAUGCAAACAGAUCGGAGACUUUUCAACAAGGAGUUAGUUCAGAGAAGGCCUCACUGGGAAGGCGGUGUCCGACCAAAGCAGGAGACAGCUAGAGAAAGCAAUCCGUAAACAACAAAAGGUAACAGCUCUGAGUCAGGAAGGUACCCAGUGUAUGGAUCAGAGCCACAAGGAGGCCGAGGCCAUUGAGGCAGAGGGAUGGAGAAAGAGAACAGAGAGGAAUGAAGCAGAAGAACUGAGGGGCAUCACACCGAGUGGUCUGGGAAGGGCAGAGGGCACAGCUCUUAUGCUGUUCUAAUUACUGCUUUGUCUUAUCUCCCAGCUGCAGAAGAAACCUCCAGGAAGCUGAGUCAUGUGUUCAUUCGUGUGCACAUUCUAAGCAUGUUUCGUACAUUAGACAAGGGCCAGGCUAGUGUGAAGGAGACAGGAAAGAAAAGGUAGAGAGGGGCUUCUGCUGAAGCAACCCCUGCCCCCAACCCACAGACGAUGGCAGACUGUCUCUAGCUAAGAAGGGAGCAUCCCUAACUGUCUGGAGUGUUUGGGUUGAAGUCAUGAGGAAAGCUGUCCCAAGGAAAAGACGAUGUUGAGCUUGAGUCGUAAAUAUUAAGUACAGAGCUGGGUGUGGUGGCACAUACCUGUGAGGCUCAGGCAGGAUCACCAUAAGCUUGAGGCCACCCUGGGCUACAUGGUGAGUUCAAGGCCAAUCUGAACUACACAGCAAGACCCUGUCUCAAAAAAACUAAACCAAACCAAAACCAAACUAAAACAAAAUAUACAAGCUCAUUAGGCAGAUAGGUAGGGGGAAAAACAAAAAGAAUUCCAAGAGGAGGAUAGAGUGUGCAUUGGUGGAAGGUGUGAAGAAUUCUGAGCACUGUGAGAUUCAGGGGCCGAGUGGGCUCACACUCCGCUCAGCACCUGGCUGCCAGGUUACGCUUGGCACAGGGCAGGCACUCAGUCUUGCUCACGACUUGUGACCUGCGAGUCCAGGGUGCACCCUAAAUGGCGCUGUGGCUUGGGAAUCUAUUUCAGUAGUGGAUCCUGCCGAGACCCUAUGCAGAAACACAAACCUGCUCAGGCUGAGGGGGCAGUUCGGUGGUGGAUUGUAUACUUGGGCUCAAUUCCCAGCAUGCAAAAUUUAAAACAGUAAAAAAGAAAAAACACCACUCUAUGCAAGGCCCUAGUUCUGAUCCCAGCCCCUCACUCUGCAUGGAAAAAUGGGGGCCACCAGCCCAGGUGACAGACCCAGCCCCAGAACCUGGGCCCGCCUGCCACUGCAAGACUCUCCCUACCUGCCCACUGCUGCUGUCCAGGGUCCCCGUCCUGCCCACCCCACAGCCCCGGCAGCCAGGCCAGAGCCCUCUGACCUUGGUUUGCUUUUUCUCCGUGGCGUAGACAAUGGAGGUGCAGCACACCUCGGCGAUCUUGCGGCCCUGCCCAUAGAAGGACCAGCAGCAGAUCUCGUCCCCCAGCACAUCCUUGAGGAAGAGCAGCCGCCCGUGGAAGCGCAGGGCCAGUUUGUCAAACAGCUCAAUGUUCUUAAGUAGGUUGUCGUCUGAGGUGCUGAGGACCAGAGGCCAGGCAACUUCAGCGUGACUGACUGUGCCUCCAACCCCCAGGAUGGGCCCCAGGUCCCCUCUGCCCUGCUCCACAGGAGACAUGUGGCUCAGCAGCCUGAGGCAAGGAGCAUCUACAGGUCCCAGCCUCUGGAGGGCAGCUGGCCACCUGCACUCCAGCUCUGCCACUCACUGGGUGACAACGGGCGCCACCUGACCUCUGGGUACCUCCAUCUCAUCUGCAGACAGAGAUGACAGCACCUACCUCAAACAUCAGGAGGGCUGUGUAAUCAACAGAGCUUGGGUUUGACAAUAACUACAGUAUACUACAGUUCACAAGCUUAAUGUCUACGAUUUUGGAAAAGAUGGCCACAUUUGUGUAUGCGUGGGAAAGAUGGCUGCAGUCGUAUGUAUCACCUGAUGCGGAGUUUGCAAACAAAAUUUUGACAAAUG